AGUGCGUUUGUGUUAACGUGAAUAUACGCGUUGUACAUCUGUUUGUGAUAUGGCGACAGUUCGGAGGAUGGCUAGUGCCCGACGCAAGUGGAAAAGUAGUGACAUUCAUAUUUGAGUUUCAUUGACAUACUUUUUAAAUCAGUACAAAUGCAGUGUAGUGGUUUAGCGUAUCGAAAAGUGUACAGCAUGACGCAGGGAGCUGAUUCCUUUGGUGAGAGGAAGAAGAAGCCCGAGAAAGAGGCAAUACACUCGGGACAUUUUAUGGUAUCAGAUUUUGAGGCUGAAGCACAAGAUGACGAAUUCAAUGUGGCAGUCGCGUUGCCUGAGGAAGAAAACAAAACGGUUGCUGUUGCCAUUAGCAUUUCUAAUACUGAGACAUUCAUCAGUGCAAAUCGCCAAGAAAAAACGCAACAAGUUUCCAUCGAGACAUCGUUAGCAAAGCUGUUUCAAUGCAUGUCCCUAGCGUAUAGGCAGAAGUUGACAUCGCCGAAAUGGAAUCGUUUCAAGGGGAUUCGUCUUCGCUGGAAGGACAAAAUACGGUUGAACAACGUCAUCUGGCGCUGUUGGCAUAUGCAGUUCAUAAGAAAGCAGAACACACUUGUGUGUCAAUUUGCAUCUCCUCUCGAUGUCGAUACUCACAACAAACCUGAGGCAGUGGUUUUGGAGGGGAAAUAUUGGAAGCGUAAACUUGCAGCUGUAACAGCAGAGUACAAGAAAUGGAGGAUGUUCUACAGAAACCGGUUGGCUGGCUGGUCAUCGAAAGAUGGAAACAAUGAGGUGUUGUCAGAGGCAGAUAUCUUUGAUUGGCAGCCACACAGCAAUGACAGUAUGCAUUCUGUGGGCUCCAUGAUGGUGGAUGAAGACUAUAUGGAAUUUAUGAGUGAUACAUUGUUCACCACCAUUUCUGCAAAUCAGCCAUAUGCCUUUCCAGACCAACGUGAAAUUGCACGUGGAGCUGGUCUUGCAGACUUCAUUCAGCCGAGCUUGGUGCAGCUUCAGCCAAAUCUGGAUGACUUCAUGGACACAUUUGAGCCUCUUCAAGAGCUGCUGUCUUAUUCUAAACUGCCAGCUGUGCCUGAGGAGAGUACUACAUCCACAGUGUUCGAUUCUGCAAGCAACACAAGUGGAGUGGAUGUUUUGGCAGAUCCUCUUGCUGGUAUUCCCACUGCCACUUACAGCUCUCAGCAGCAGGAUCCAGUGUUCACCCAAGGGCAGCCUGUCUCGCUGACUGAAAAACCUCCAACAACCAUCCAGGCUUUUUGCAAGCAAGAAGCACAACCACCCAUUCAGCGCCAGGUUAUAACACAGUCUCAGCCACAGCAGCUGCUGGACAAGCCAUUGCCAUAUCAACAACAGCAACGCCAACAGCCACAGUUGCCACUGCCACAGCAGUUGCAGAGGCAUCAACAGCAGCAAACUUUAUCUCAGACAACAAGUUAUCAACCUGCUCAUCCUCACCAAGUGACAUCACGCUCCAACAGUGUGACAGAUUGUACUCUCUUUGCUGUUCCAAAGGAGAACCAGAUGAAAGCUGUACGGACACGUUCUCGGAGUGGUCCAAACCUGCUUGCUGGUGUAAACAGGCCCUCGCCAUCUGUAGCAACAGUGGCAAUGCCUCAGACCACAUCCCAAGAGGUUCCAGCAGUUGUUGGUGCCAGUCAGGGAUUGCAGCCAUUGCUGUUAGCACAGUUGUUGUCCAACACUCCUUCUGCAAAUACAGUCUUCAACUUUACGGCAACACCAGAAAGGCCAACGCUAGCGGCCCAGGUGCCAACAAAACAAGCUUCAAGCAUAUUGCCGGCCCUGCCUGUACAGCAGCAGUCAUCUCCGGCAACACUGCUUAUAACUACAGCACCCACUCAAGUCGUUCCAACGAUAAGCAUGGUAAGCCCAUGUAAGAACUCACCAUCAGAUUUGAGUUCACCUCUGGGGACUUCACCGCUUGGGAGUCCACAAUCUCCACCAUACCGUAGUUCAAGAAGGGACUCGGGACCACCCCCAAAGGAACAUCGCCGUAUGUGCCAUAUAAAUGCAGAGCAGAAGCGACGUUGCAACAUUAAGAAUGGAUUUGACAUGUUGCAUUCUCUCAUACCUCAGCUGAAUCAGAACCCAAAUGCAAAGCUUAGUAAGGCAGCAAUGUUGCAGAAAGGUGCAGAAUACAUCCAACAACUGAGAGCUGAACGGGAUCAGCUGCGAGAGGAGAUGCUGAGUCUCCGCCAGGAAAUAGAGUGCCUCAAUGCAUCAAUUAGCAAUUGUCAGGCACUGCUUCCAGCUACUGGAGCGCCUGUCUCACGGCAACGAACCAGUAAAAUGAAAGAAAUGUUUGAUGAAUAUGUUCGUAUCAGGACACUAGAGAACUGGAAGUUCUGGAUCUUUAGCAUAUUAUUUGAACCACUUUUGUCAUCAUAUACAGCAGCUGUGAGCACUGCAAGCCUUGAUGACUUAUACCGCUCCACCUUAUUAUGGGUUGAGCAGCACUGUUCUCUUGUUGAACUCCGACCAGGGGUUCUGAAUUCACUGCGGUACCUGAGUAGAGCAACAGAUAUUCUGACAGACCCUGCACGGUUACCAGAGGAGGCUCGGAGAGCUGUUCUGAAGAGAGACAUGCAUCUUUGACAAAAUGCAUAGCAGUGGAGUGCUGUCAAGCUACUGCAUGGAAGAAUGUAUGUGAGAAGAGACAGUACUUACUCGAGAUACCUGAUUAUUUCCAUUAUUUAUUCACCUGCUUGCUACAUAUCAGCAAAAAGUGGGGGAGAAGUAUGAAAGAAUCAAAGCAAAUGUGCUUGGAGUUUGUUAUGUGUAAAGAAUUCUACUAAUUUUUAGCUGCCUCCAGACUGACCCUCAACAGUAAAAUGUCAGCAGUCCGUAAACAGUUUCAUGACUUGUGUUUAUUGGUAUCUGUAUUGGCAUUAGUAACUUCUGUGAGAAGUUUGAAGUAGCCAACAACGUAAUGUGGUUAUGAUGUAAUUGUCUGGUCCGUCUUUAAAGAGUCUUUUCGUUGAUCAAGUUUCAUAUGAAAGUAUUUGAUAGGAGUGUUUCUGAUGAUUUAGAACUUUUUUUUCUCUUAUGAAGGGAACAGUAACUGUCUUUCACUGUUACUUAUAGAAGUUAAAUCAUUAUAUUAUUAGUACUGCAUCACAAUCACAGUAUAAAACUUGUAAGCCAUGGUCAUUAUAUUUUUAUAAUCUCUUUUAACUAUGUGAAUACCUUGAAUUUUCUUGCAGUGAAAGAAGUACCACUCUUGAAAUGGUAGAGUUACAUUGCCUUUAAUUUUAUCUGUGCAAAUGAUUGCAUUGCAUAAAUGAUAUGUUAUGGCCUGUUAUUGAUCUCUGUGCCGUGCUGUUCUUCAGGCAUAACAAAAUUAUUUUAACACCAGGCACUACUUUGAUCCAACAUUUAACUAGUUAUUAAUUUUCAUGUUGCCGGAAAUUGUGUAUGGUGUCAUAUUUUGUCAAAUCACAUUUUCACAAUGAAUGAAGUAAUUAUAUAAAACUGAAGAACUCAAAGCGGAAGUAAGUUGUUGCAUCUUAGCCUCCUUUAUGCCCAUGCUUUCUGGUUAUAUAAUUUGUGUUCAUGUUGUGCCCAGUCUCCGUUCAUAAUUACAGUGAAUAUGAACUCAAACUUUGAAAUGUACAAAUAAUGGCUCAAUUACUUUUAUAAAUAGGAAUUUUUAAAUAUACAGUGGUUGUAAAUAUAACAGUCUUAAUUAUUGUGUAUUUUUGUUUUGUUUUGAUUUAUAUACUAGUUACCUUCAGUUUUUGUAAUGAGUAAUAAAUGAUGUAUGAUUUUGUUAUAUUUCAAAUGUUUAUAAUGCAAACAAGUCUGCCAGUGCUGUGAUAUCAUGAAGUAGUGAUUAGAAUUUAUCAACAGCAAAAUUUGUUUGUUGUGUGGAUGGUUGCUGGUGCAGUGAAGUCAGGCACGUAAUUGAUCUAUACAGUACUCAUUUAUUGCCAGCUUUAUUUACUCCAUAAUGAAAACUGAAAUUUAAAGCAUUACCUCAAUAACUGUGACAUGCCUCUAUGUCAUUACUUGUAUCUUAAUGGAAUGACUAAAAAAUGUUAAUGUAGAAGUCAGCAAUUAUUAGACAGCCCAUUUUGUCACAAGAUUUGUAAUUCGCUUUAACUCUUUAUUGUUUUUCAAGAUGAAAUCACAUUUUUUGAAAUUCCAUGUAGUACUCUCAACGCAUGACUGUCCCGACUCUCUCUCUUUCUCUCUCUCUCUCUCUCUCUCUCUCCCUCUCUCUCCCCCCCCCCCCUCUCCCUCCCUCCCUUUUUCCAGUGCUGUUGCAAAUUGAUAUAAAAAUAGUCCUGUAAAACUGAGGAUAGCAAGAAUUCAGUUGUUCAUAUUUUUGACAAAGUUAAAAAGGUUGGAACACAUUUAGCUUCAGAUCUGAAGAGAUGUAUAUAUCAUACAUCAUAUUCAAGCAAGAGAAAUAAACAAAUCAAGAUUCAUCACUCUACAUACUGUUACUGUAAAUUCAGUUUAAAAAGAAGCUUUUUUAUUUUAUCACCUGUGCGAGCAAUAUCAUGGAUUUGUGCAUAUUUUCUGAAACAGGUUUUCUGAUUUCGUGUUAUGAGACCAUCUCCAGAUGAAUGAGCUUUGUUCUUUAAAUUUUCCAUAGUUCUUUGUGGCACCACUGUCCAUGGUUAUCUGAUCAGAGUAGUAAUUUAUCUCCAAAUGCACUUUUUAAACAAGAUUGAUACUAGGGACUUCAGAGCCAUAAACAUUGUUUUAUAAGUUGAUAUUUAAAUACUUAAAUUCACAAUUGUGUCCUCUUUGUUGUAUUCCAAAAUGAUCGGAGUUUCAUUUUCAGCAAAUUGACACUUUCAUAACCAAAUAUUUAAAACAAGCAUACUGGAAAUUUAAAAGCCGUACUUGUCAGAUGGUUUAUUAAUAGUGCUGUGUUCAUCUUGUUAGCUGUAGUGAACUAAACAGAUUCAAAAGACUUCAGUUCUUUUUUUCCCAACAAUAUUCUAUAAUGGAGAUAAAAAUUAUUUGAACAUUGUCCCCUGUGAAAUGGCAGGAGACUAAUAUAUAUUAUAUUAAACUGUUUUGCUUUCAUGACUCCACACAUGAGAUAUGGAGUAUGAAAGGCAUGACAACCAUAUUACCCUCCCAUAUUUUGGUUUUGUUGUUAACUCCACUGUGUUUAAAAUUCACUAGCACUGCUUCUUCUUACAUUUUUCAGAAAUAAACAUACUGCAAAGCAAUUCACAAUGUCUGUAUCCUUGAUAGAUUGUGGUACGUUCCAAUUUUUAUUUUUUAACAUUUCACAAGUCAUUUUUUCCUAUCAUUUUUCUGUCUAAGCAGACCUUCUCAUUUUUUCAAGAAUUAGCUUGUAGUUUUGAAAAUUAAACCUCCACUGCUAAAAGCAAAGACCUCAAAACAAAUGCACCUCGGUCUAGCUUCUUAAGGCCAGUUUUAUACCUACUGAUAGUUAAAACACUGAGUUUUUUCCAAGAAAGUGAAGUUAACAAUUGGUCCUGUUAAAAGAAACUUUAAAAGAAGAAUAAAGACUAUUUUGAAGGAUCAGUUUGUUGCCUUUUGAAAAGUCACUGGUUGUAAGCAGCAGUAACAUUCUUUUUAUGUGAAACAUUUGGUGAGUAAAAGAGGACAUCACAUACAAUAGAGUUAUUGUUAUGAGGGCUUGUAGAGAUAAUGUUUGUCACAACACAAAUAUUCAUCAAAUAUUGCAUUUAAGCGAGCUCUACACUACUUGAAGGGUGUCCUUUUAACACCUCUGAACACACAGAUUGUUACAGGGUAGUGUAAAUAUGGAGGAAUAAUGUCACCAUGAUUAACACAAACCAAGGAAAGACACCAAGGGAAACUGUGAUGGUCAGUAUUUUUACUUUCCAUUUCAGAUUUAAUCAAAAAAGGUUGUUUGAAAUUAUCAAACAAAUGUAGCUGACUUUAAACUUAGUUGUUAAACUUUAAUGGUCAGGCAGUAAAUUUUGUCUCUAUCCAGUAUAGCUAAAUAUGUUCUAGCGUGCUACAGUUUUAGUUUCCAGUAGCAGCUAACAGUGGUGUUCCCAAGUCCCAAGAAUCAGCUGUCUGUAUAAAAUAUUCCCUUAUGCAAGUUAUCAUCAUGCACUGAAUUUUUGUAAAUAGAUUUGUAUUGGGAUAUGAAAAUAGAGGCGAGUACAGAAACUGCAAGUAUAGAGAUACAGUUUCUGGCUGCUACUUAUGUCACUUUAUUGAGAGAGAUUGUCAAUAAAUAUGUAAAUUCUCCAUACAGAAUCUUACUGCAACUCAGUCUUGUCCAAAAUGAGAAACAGAUUUACAUUAAAAGAUAGACAUGGUAUUCUGACAAAGAUUGUUUGGUGUGUUGUGGAGUAAGUAAUGUUUGGUAAAAAAAAGUCCUCAUUUGGUAGGCAGAUCAUUAUGUACAGUAUACUUCUGAUUAUUCAGGGUAAUGUGGUGGAGAAGAUGCACGAAUAAUCAAAAAAUACAAAUAAUCGAUAUUUUCAAACAUGUUUUCUGGACUAUGUCUGCUGGACAGGUAUUAGUGGCAGUGUCAAUGGGUAAUGCUCGAAUAAUCCACAAACUGGAUAAUCAGGAGUACACUGUAUGUUAAACACAAGCUUAUAUCUGAUAAUGUAGAAGUGUAUUUUGUCCAAGAAUAUUCUAGAGCAUAUUGAAGCCCAAAAUUUUUAUUUGUACAAUGUAAGGUUUAUAAUUUCACAAUGUCACAGAUAAAACUUCCCUGGUUAGUGUUCAAGGUAAUAACAUUAAAUAAUUAUCAAAUAAAUUUGUGUCAUGUUGAAAUUAACGAAGUGAAAAGCAUAUGUAUUAAAUUCUCCUCUUCUACUAAAGUUAUGUCUAUUCAUUCAGCCACAGUAACAUGAGAAACUUUGAUGCUUUCAUACAAUACAAUCAAAAUAUUUGUGAAUCUUAGCAAGAAUAUGGCACAUAUAAUGCCUGUACUUAGGUGAGUUUAUCCUUUUACUGCUCGUUGCAAUAUUAAAAUAAUUUUUUUUUUUUUUUGUUUUUUUGUUUUUUGUUUUUUUUUUCAUUUCUGUGCUCUGUAUAAAGCAUUAUAACUUGAUAGUAACUGCACCAAGUAAUCAAUGUUUUUGUUCUGUGCUUUUCUUAAAACAAUGAAAAUUGCUGUUCUGCUCCUCUCUGUGCUGUUUCUAUCUAAUCAUGUGAUAUCUGUACAUAAAUUUUUUAAAAAUUUGUUUGGUCAUUCUGGAUACUGAAAAAAUUUGUAAUAAUAUAUUUGUAAUAAAAGAAACAACUUUUAUAAAUGUGAAAUUAUUAGCUUAUAAUUUACUCCCCCAUUCUUAAACAGCGCAGUACCUUGCUGAUCAUUAAAUUUCAGACACAAGGAAGAUGCGAAUUUAUGGUGGAUUACUUGAACCAUUGUAUGCAUUGUAACAUGUGUUACACUUGCAGUGCAGAAAUAGCACUGUGAGGAAGACUCUGGAUAUCUUUACCCAUAUUGCUUUAAUGUAUGCCUAAAUUUCAUCUGUUGUGGCUAGGAAUAUACUGUAGCAGACUAGUCAUCAUUCAACAAAGGAUCAUACAAGUUUGAUAGAUGAAAAAUUCUGAGAACACUCAGGCUGGCAACCACAAAGGUCAUUCAGGAAACAAGAAAAUGAUCCAACACCUCUGUGAAGAAACUGCUUCUGGUCGGAAUUCCAUAUUCGCAGAGAGAGCAAUACUGGGAUCCAAUGGUUCCAAUGGCUCUGAGCACUAUGGGACUCAACUUCUGGGGUUAUUAGUCCCCUAGAACUUAGAACUAGUUAAACCUA